CUCCUUUCCCUGCCGAGAGUAAUAGUGAUGCUUCAGAGUGUUCUAAGCUGUCCAGCUUUGCAGUUCUGACAUCCCAGAAAGCUUAUUACCCCACAUGUGGAGAAGGAUUGUCAUGAGACUAGGCUGGAGCUCUCUCCAUAAACCAGAACAAGGUAUUCAUAUAGCAUCUCAGAGUAGCAGUGCUGACCCAGAAGGGAAAAACAGGCUACCAAGAGUUUGUGAAAACAUCCAGACAUGUUGCUCACGAAUAUUGUGACAACGGUUUUGACGCUUACAACUUUAUUUGGCCUCAUCUACUGUCACGAUGUUGAGGAGAAAACAGAUCAAGAUGCACAACCCGAAACUCCUUCACACUCUCCGUUUGUUCUAACCAAGUCGGGUAAUUCGACAAACACCACCGAGCUGACUUAUGGUUUUGUGUCGUGCAUUAUCUCCGUUGUAUUUUAUGGGAGCAACUUUGUUCCUGUGAAGAAGAUUGACACUGGUGAUGGAAUGUUUUUCCAGUGGGUUCUUUGUGCUGCUAUAUGGAUCGUGUCAUUAGUGGCCAACAUCAUUCUAAACUGUCCCAAAUUUUGGCCGCUGGCGAUGCUGGGCGGUGUCAUAUGGGCAACAGGUAAUAUUACGGUUGUGCCCAUACUGAAAACCAUUGGACUCGGACUCGGAAUGCUAAUUUGGGGUUCCUUUAAUCUACUAAUGGGUUGGGCAAGUUCGAGGUUUGGUUGGUUUGGGAUGGACCCUGAGGAAGUCGCACAGCCAGUGUUGAACUACUGUGGCGCAGGACUAUGUUUAUUAAGUGCCAUCAUAUUUUUCUUUGUGAAAAGUGAUGUCCAGAGAUCGGCAUCUUCAGAAGAGACUCCUUUACUAAUCGACAGCAGAAUCAAUUCAGAAGGUCUGGUUUCCUCUGAUGACUCGUGGAUAGACACACUAAGUCCACGAUCCAAGCGUAUCGUAGGUUCAGUCCUUGCUGCCUGUGCGGGUGUGCUGUACGGCUCCACCUUUGUGCCUGUGAUCCAUAUUAAAAACCACGCCGCCAGGAACGACUCCAGGUUCGCAGGGGCAAGUCAGUUUGACCUGGACUAUGUUUUUGCCCAGUUCAGUGGAACUUUCCUCACCAGCACUGUUUAUUUUGUUAUUUACUGUGCCGUCAUGAAAAAUAAGCCUAAAGUCUACUCAAGAGCCAUCCUGCCAGGUUUCGCCUCCGGUGUGAUGUGGGGAUUAGCCACCUGCUGCUGGUUCAUGGCGAAUACCUACCUGAGUGCAGUGGUCAGCUUCCCCAUCAUUACUGCUGGCCCUGGCCUAAUUGCUGCUAUCUGGGGAUUCCUAGUUUUCAAGGAGGUUAAAGGUUUACGAAACGCCAUCAUCCUGGUGCUGGCGUUCUGCAUCGUCCUUGCCGGAGCCAUGCUGACCGCGUUCUCCAAGGUGUAAUUAGCCACAGCAGACCUUCGGCCACAAGGUGGCGACGUUGGACAAAUAACGUGUCAAAGGGAACUAGGGACAGUGUUAAAUAACAGUGCAAUCACCUGUGUCCAAUAACCUUUUUGUAAACGUAAUGUUUAAUUAAGAUUCACCUAUUUGUGAACUGUAAAGUUAUUUAAUACACUUAGAUUUUUGCAUUUGUAGAAUUUUUCUAUUCAACUCAGGUGUUUUGUGGCAUUUUUCCUUGGUGUUUAAAGGACACUGAACCGAAAUAAGCAUGCUGUUAUUUCACACCGUACCUGCCAGAAAUCUUAUUUUUCGGUACGGUUUGCAUCAAAAGGCUAGUUAUUCGAAUGCAAGGUCUAAUAGGUGUGCUAACAGGAAAUUUUAGUAUGUAUUGUAAGUAGAGUGACUGUGUUUAACUGAUAAAUGUGCAACAUGGAUUACUGUUAUAAAUUAGGAAAUUAUGUACAUUUAGCUUUUUGAUUGAUUGGGCAGUUUUGUAUAGAAAAAAAACUGACUUGAGUCAAUCCUUGGUAUCAGAGCGGUGCACUUUUUCAGAACAAAACGAUAGAGCCAUGCGACCACGUCCCACAGUUUAUAAGGGGUGUGUUGAUGCGAGAGUUUCGAUCUGCCGAAAGUUCUAGAGACAACAGGUGGCUAUUGGCAUUUUUAUUAUUGUGUUUAGAAAAAUGUUCCUCCUCCGUAUAAAUCAGUGUGUGCAAGUAUUGCUGAAAACCGGCGUGGCCGUUUCAAAGGUCCCUGCAGCCCUUCUCUGAAUAAAACAGCAUUGGUCCACAACAGGGGUGGGAAUUGAGCUGGAAAUGUCUGUGGAGGUGGGUUGUUGCUAUUGGCCCCGUUUGCCGUUUCCCUUUGCUGUCCUUAACAGUCAGACAACUAAUUAGCCUAUCACUACUAACAGGUAGGCUAUAGCUAAUCCUGCUCAUUUAAGUUAGCCACAGUGUUAUUUUUCGUUACAGCAGAACAUUAUGUGCCUUUGCCUGUACCCACAGUUUAUUUGAACUUGUGCAUAGGCGCACGUUUUGUCCACCCACACCCAGAGAGUAGGGAAGACCUAAAGACCUGAGCGUCCGAUCUUUGCAGUUUAAUGAUCACACAAUGGCACCAACACUCUGAAACAGGUUUGCUAGUCUUUAUCAUUUGUUAUGCUGAUUGUUUAUGUAGUUGGAGUAAAGUAAUGUAUCUUUUUAUGUUCAGUGUAUUAUUUGUAAUAGCGAGUAGAUUUUCUGUUUCCAUUUGCAGCUCAACUCUCACCACUGGUCCACAACCAUUGUGUUUGCAGAUCACCGUAAAUAUGAAGGUUUCUCGAAGUCCACUGGAGUAAAAUUCGGCUCAUUUGCACGUACUAAGCAGCCAGAAAUCUUUCUUUGUAACAGCCAAACACGUUGUGUCUGUUUGUCACAGCCAAACUCUUUCCUUGGGUUCGUUUGUUUUUAAUUAUUUUAUUUUAUUGAAUUUUUUUUAUACAAAUAUAUUUGGAAGAUCCCUCGGGGUCCGUUUUCAGUUUGUUUACAAAAAGAUGGUGCAAUUGUGAGACGCUUAACAUGUACCAGUUUUCAUGGAUUAGUGAGGGAAAACCCUGUUAAAUGUUUUCUUUAUUGGGUGUCGGGUGUGUCUGGGUGAACGUACCAGACUGGUAUUCUCACCCCUCUCCUGUUUUCCCCCUCUGUUCCCUCCUUACUUGCGUUUACCAGGAAGCGAGGGUGUCGGCCAGUUCCGUGUGACACGAAUCCGAAAUGAGUACCUCUGAUUAUACUAUGCUAAUAAAUUCUGCAUUUACCAUUA